UUUUUCCCAACCUCCCGGCCCCUGGUUCGCUGCCUCCCAUCCAGUGACACCGAGUUAAGGACUGGCUGAAUAGACACUGAGGCAGCGCUGCCGGCACCUUCCCCGUGGCAGCCCGAUGCUCUGGCACCGCACGGAGCCGCAGUCUACAGAAGGCGCCCAACUUUAAUGCGAAAUCUAAACAAGUUUGUGACACUUUCAAGCGUGCAAUGGAUUACUUCUGUGGAACGCUGUACUUUGUCUUUUUAUCCUUUCUUGGAGCAGACGGCCUUUACCUCGCACAGUAUACAGAUUUACUUCAGGACAAAUUAGAGAACUAUGAGCUGAUGACUCCAAGCAGCACAGAUGUGCAGGGGAGAUUUCUAUCCCAUGCUGUGUCAGCAUCUGGCAAAAGACGGUCUAAAAGGCACAGUGGGACUUUCCAGCAAGCUCCAGCUGAUGGACAGUUGUAUUAUAAUGUCACUGUGUUCGGGCAGCAAUUUCACCUCCGGCUGAAGCUAAACUCCAGGCUGGUGGCUCCUGGGGCGACCGUGGAGUGGCAGGACGGAAAUGUCACUCUCAAGGAGCCUCUGCAUGGAGACUGCGUCUACUCCGGAGAUAUCACUGAUGUACCAGGGGCUUCGGUCGCCAUCAGUAACUGUGAUGGACUGGCUGGCAUGAUUCGGACAGACAAGGACGAAUUCUUUAUUGAACCACUGGAGAAAGACAAAGAAGAGGAGGAAGAAGAAAGUGGGAGAAUCCAUGUGGUGUACCGGAGGUCAGCGACCAAGAGAUCACUUCCUGCGUCAAUCAGUGAUGUCCAUUCAAAAGAACCUGAAUUGAGUGGACUUCAUUACCUGGAAGCCAAAUACAAAGGCAUUGAACAACACAUGAACAAAACCAGGAGAGUACGAAGGCAUGACAGAGACAAUGACUAUAAUAUAGAAGUUCUUCUUGGAGUUGAUGACACAGUGGUGCGAUUUCAUGGCAAGGAACAUGUGCAAAAGUACCUUCUGACCCUGAUGAAUAUAGUUAAUGAGAUUUACCAUGAUGAAUCUCUGGGAGCCCAUGUCAAUGUUGUGCUGGUGCGAAUAAUCAUGCUGGGUUAUGCAAAGUCUGUUAGUCUAAUCGAAAUUGGGAACCCCGCACAAAGUUUGAAGAAUGUGUGCCAAUGGGCUUAUUCCCAGCAGAAGUCUGAUACAAGCCACGCAGAAUAUCAUGACCAUGCCAUCUUCCUAACAAGGCAGGACUUUGGUCCAUCGGGUAUGCAAGGUUAUGCCCCAGUUACAGGUAUGUGCCAUCCAAUCCGGAGUUGCACUCUGAACCAUGAAGAUGGCUUUUCAUCCGCAUUUGUAGUUGCUCAUGAAACUGGACAUGUGUUAGGCAUGGAACAUGAUGGUCAAGGUAAUCAUUGUGGUGAUGAGAUCAAAAUGGGAAGUAUCAUGGCACCAUUGGUUCAGGCUGCAUUCCAUCGUUUCCACUGGUCUCGCUGUAGUCAACAGGAGCUGAACCGAUACUUGCAUUCAUAUGACUGUCUACGGGAUGAUCCAUUUGAACAUGAUUGGCCAUUGUUACCACAACUUCCAGGCAUUAAUUACUCUAUGAAUGAACAAUGUCGCUUUGAUUUUGGAGUUGGGUAUAUGAUGUGCACAGCAUUUCGCACCUUUGACCCCUGCAAGCAGCUGUGGUGUAGCCAUCCUGACAAUCCAUACUUCUGCAAAACUAAAAAAGGACCUCCACUGGAUGGGACAAUGUGUGCUCUUGGCAAGCAUUGCUUUAAAGGUCACUGUAUCUGGCUAACUCCUGACAUAUUAAGACAUGAUGGAAACUGGGGGACAUGGAGCAAGUUUGGAUCCUGCUCUCGAACCUGUGGAACUGGUGUACGCUUCCGGACACGGCAGUGUGAUAACCCAUUACCUUCUAAUGGUGGUCGAGAGUGCUCUGGUCAGAGCUAUGAGUAUCAGCUUUGUAACACAGAAGACUGUCCAGAACAUUUUGAAGACUUUAGAGAACAGCAAUGCAGGCAGUGGAAUAACAACUUUGAAUAUAACAACAGCAUGCACCAGUGGUUGCCAUAUGAACAUCGUGACCCUGAACAAAGGUGCUUCCUCACCUGUGAAUCAAAAGAAACCAGAGAAAUUGUCUACAUGAAGAGAAUGGUACAUGAUGGAACACGCUGUUCCUACAGUGAUCGCCAUGACAUUUGUGUUCGAGGUGAUUGUGUGAAAGUGGGCUGUGAUAAAGUGCUGGGCUCCGUUAAAAAGGAAGACAAAUGUGGGGUGUGUGGUGGUGAUAAUUCUCAUUGCAAAGUGAUCAAAGGGACAUUUUCCAGAGCAGCAAAAAAACCAGGCUAUGUGAAGAUGUUUGAAAUUCCGGCUGGAGCUAGACAUCUGUCUAUUCAAGAGUUAAGUGCAUCUCCUCAUUUCAUUGUGAUCAAGAACCAAGCUACAGGAAAUUUCAUUUUGAAUGGAGAGAAUGAUUUGCCUGAUUCUAAAACUAUCAUUCAAAUGGGAGUAAUAUGGGAAUAUUCCAACGAUGACAACAAGGAAUCUCUACAAACUGUUGGACCCCUCUAUGACGGGAUAGUUGUACUGAUGAUGCCAAAUGAUGAUACCAAAUGCUCCUUGACUUAUAAGUACACAAUUCAUGAAGACUACUUGGCCACCAUUACUAAUGAAGUUUUACAGGAAGACAUGGCUACAUUUGAGUGGGCUUUGAAGAGAUGGUCCCAGUGCUCCAAACAGUGUGGAGGAGGUGCUCAGUUUACAAGAUACGGCUGUCGCAGGAAGGCUGAUGCCAAGAUGAUUCAUCGCAGUUUCUGUGAUGCAAGUAAAAAACCAAAACCAAUCCGUCGAAUGUGCAACUUACACGAGUGCUCCCAGCCUAUAUGGAUUACUGGAGAAUGGGAACCAUGUACCAGAACGUGUGGCAAAUCUGGAUAUCAGAUUCGUACCGUUAGGUGCAUUCAGCCACUCCAUGAUGGCACCAACCGCUCAGUGCACAGCAAAUACUGCAAUGAGGAUCGGCCUGAGACCAGAAAACCUUGUAAUCGAGAACUCUGCCCUGCACAAUGGAGGAUAGGACCUUGGUCACAGUGUUCUGUAACCUGUAACAAUGGAACACAGGAGAGACAGGUCUUGUGCCGCACAAGGGACAAUAUGAUUGGCCAUUGUAAAGAAGAAAAGCCAGACACCAUCCGGAUAUGUAGAAUGCCUUCAUGCCACAAAAACUCUUCUCAGCAAACAUCACUCACUUCCUCCAAAGGAAAGUCUUUAAUCCAAUGGCUUUCGCGUCCAGAUCCAGCACAUCCUAUUCAGAAAGUUUCGACAAAAGCAAUUUGUCAUGGGGACAAGUCAAUCUUCUGCCGUAUGGAAGUACUUGCCCGGUAUUGCUCUAUUCCUGGCUACAACAAGCUCUGUUGCAAGUACUGCAAUUCACUGUCUCAACAGAUUGCAAACAAGACCAAUGACUCUGAAUCCCUGAAGCAUGUUAAACCAACCACACUACCUGAGACCACAAAGAAGCCAAGGGUUGUUACCUCUCAUAAAGUAAAUGGAACAAAAGACAGUGCCGAGAAAAAUGCAGUUGGUCAGACGCACAAGAGAGAAAAUGGUAACGGUAAAAAACCACAACAUAAAAUUAUAACUCCAAGACGGCCAAAUAUAGUGAGCAACCACAGACUCCAGUUUUUGCUCGACCAGAAGAGAAAAGCAAUGCUGAACAAUUCCUUGGACAAAAAAGUUUCAUCUGUAAAGGACAACCGUUUACCUCAUGCAGAGAUAUGAGUAUGGAUCAUCUGUCAACGGGGAACAAAAGAAAAAUGUUAUAAAGUGCUUCACUCACUAUAUGACAGAAACAGGACUGGAAAUGAACGGCAGAAGUUAUUUUAGCAGUGUUAACACAGUUAUAAUGCAAACACUUCUAACUUUAGUAAUCUACCUUAUAAAAAGUCAGCAUGAAUCAUUUGCCUCACAGCUUUGCCAGGCUUCUCUCAGGCGCACACAAACAUACACACAUCUUGAUAGUGAGUGGUUUGGUUUUACCAGCCGAGGGUUCCCUCUGCUGACUUCCUCUUUGUGGCUCAAUGUUGCACUAUAUUGCACUUAACAUAGUAUUUGCACCAAAAUAAUUUCUUUAUAAAUUGCAGUAAAUUUCCUGGAAGAAUGGUGCUGAACAUUCCCAUGAUACCUAUGUACUGUAUUAGUGGCACAUAAGAUUCAUUCCUCUUAGGACUUUAUUGUACCUAACAGAGACAUAGUCUCCUCAGGUUCUAGUUCGGCUCCUGACUGUGAGAUUAUGUAAAAAAAAGGUUACUUGUGGUGUUGUAUACGGUUAAACAUUGCCAGCAUGUUAUGCAGGUUUAGCUUUUGAUGCUGCAUUCUUAGAGUUGCUUAAAUUUCAGAAUAUAUGGUGCUGAAUUUCCUACAGACAUUCCUCAACCUGAAGAAGUUGUAGAUCAAGUAAAAUCUACAAAAAAUAUUUCGUACGUUUACACAUGGAUAGAACCACAGAAUAAUUAAUUUGCACUAUUUUCUACAAAAUAACAUUAUUACAAACCUGUUCUUUUUGGUGCCAAAGACUAUUCCUAUAAUUGAAGGGACUAAAGGAAUUCCUGUAGCAACCUAUCGCAUCUAAUGUGAAAGAUGGUGGCUGGAAGGCAGACCCAUUGUGAUUGUCCUAAUUAAUGUGUUUUUAUAUAAUGUCAAAAUUUCAAAUUUGAAACUGCCCAGAAACAUCUUCAUUGGCAGAUUUACAUUUUCUGCCCUCACAUUUGUCUUCACAGAGGUAACCACUUAAGAUAUUUUAACCUUUUGAAAGGAAACUAAACUUCAGUGCUUAAUGUUUUAGUCUCAUUGCGUAUUUCAUAAAUUACAGUGAAUGCUUCUCAUGGCUGUGCUCAAGAGAAGUUUUCCCACCUGCUUAGGUCACUUCCUUAGGUCACCCAGUUAGUCAUACCUUCCAUAAUGUAAUGGUCUUACAAAAUCUGUCCUGGUCAGCCUAAUGAUGUUUCCACUUCUUGUAAAUUCAGGACAAAAGGUUUCAUAAGAAAAUAGUAAUUAUUGUAUAAGGAAGUAGCAAAUCAUGUAAUCACAGACUCCUUAUUCCUGUAUUAUACACAAUUAUUUGAAUAACAGUGUUGCUAUGUAUAGGUCUACAGGAAUUGUGAUCAUUUGGUACUACAUUUAGCUAUCAUUCUUCAAAGAUAAUUGUUAUUGCAGAAAUAAAAAUAGUGAACGCAGGUCAGUCAACAUCUGAAAAGAGAAAGCUAAGCUAAUGACCCAAAUUUCCCAGGAUCCGUGCCUGCUGCCAUUGGGAAAUCAUAGGCACCUGGUCAGGGAUUUUCAUGAUAAGGUCAUGGUGACCAGGGAUCUCAGAACAUUUGGACCAGUGAUUCAGAUAUGUCAGGACAUGAGUCCUGCUUAAAACGUGAACCUAAUUUUGUCUUUCAGGUACUGAUUGAUUUGUGCAUUUACAUCUAUGAUAGACAUGUGCCAGAUGUAGUCUGGAGUGUUUUACUGUAGUCUUAAAACAGCAUGAAUUUCAGAUCACCCCAGCAAAACAGAAAUUCUCGCAAUUCAGUGCCCAAUUACAGAUACCAUCUAACACUGAAACACCUCAUCAUUCACUUGCUAAAAUCAUUGGUCUAAUAAAGUGAUGUUUUCAGUUUCACAAAAACUCAUUCUGACUUGUUUACAGAUUACAUAUUUUGUAAUAUUUUACUUAACCCUAGAAUAGGUGAACGGGUGUGACAAAAUGUGUGCUUCACUUUAUUCAAAAACAGUUAUUUUGUUACAUAUUGAAUGCUGACACUACUUUAAAAUGUAAAAGUGGUUUAUGAAUUGUGAUACAAUACUUUAAUCUUGCUUCAUGGCAUAUGUUAUUUUCCUUCAUUAAGUAAUAGUUCUACUGGCCUUAUUCCUGUAUGUAUGAAUAACAUCACCUGCACCAAUUACACUUGCAAUUACUACAGCAGCUCCAUUGAAGAGUCUCUUUUGUACAUUAUUUGUAUAUAAGAGUUAGAACCUUUAUUUUUAAUAUUUAUUAAACUUGGAACAUUU